GGGUAAGAACAGAGAUAUAUGUCUUCGACUUUUCAAGCGGUAUGAUAGUGGGUUCUCUGUUUAGCAGGGAUAUCUUUUUCAAAGACCAUAUCUUUUAUCAGCUUUUUAAACUGUCUGUCAUAAAAUAAUCCACCAAUAAGGACAAUUGAAACUAAAUAUUCUUGCCACAAAGAAAAUCGGUGGAUGUGAAAUAAUGGUGAUAACCUAAGACUUUUUCAACAGAUCGAUUUUUUGAUAAUGGGCAGGAUUCAAUUACCUCCUACCUUAUCAUGCAAAAAACCUUACAAAAGUUGUUAUAUAGCAGCUAUCAUCUAACCCCCCAAACCAAAUGAAACUGUGUAUAAUGAAUGACUGGAAGAGUGGGAUGUUAUCUGACGGUGGUCGAAGAUUUAGAUGGAGACAUCGAGCUAGACAUUUUGAACGGAAGAAUCUAACCUGUAUUGCUGACGAUGUGCCGUCUGUCUUGGAAGCUUCUUUCACAAAUUGCACGGCUAACCAACCAAGUUUUGUAAGCCUUUCUUCUUUUCUACAGAUUUUCGAAUGUGUUUUCAAGGACUUUGGAUUGUUGGAUCAGAAUGGGAUUAUCAUUGAUGGAGCACUUGGCAGCUUAUCCGGAAGUGAUUUAAACGCCACUCUCACUUUUGUCCUGAAUAACGUGAUUGGUAAGGGUUGUGAUAUUUUGCAGACGGAAAACAGAAGAAGGUCGAAGUGGAGAUUUGGGGGUCGCAGAAGAGGCUGGGGUUUUGAUGGCUUCACGUUUGGGAAGCGCAAAUAAAUAAAUAAUUAACAAGAAGUGACAAAAAUGUUAAGCAUCUUGGACCAGUAAAAGUUAAAACUCGGUCGUUAAAGGCAACGGUAUAUUAUAAACUGCACAGGACCUUCCAGGGACUUCACUUUGACCGUGCAGCUAAGCCACGAUCUAAAUAAUACGUCUUAUGAUAAUAUUUAUUAGAGCUCCUAGUUCACAAAUUGUUUAUCAUCGUGACAUAAAACAAUACUGUCUCACUGCAAAACCCUGUAUAAAUGUAUAACAA